GUUUCAUCUCUCUUUUCAAAACUCACCGACGCGAUCCGAUCUCAUCUCUCUCAUUUCGAAACCAUGGUUGAGCCGGCGAAUACUGUUGGUCUUCCGGUGAACCCGACUCCGUUGCUGAAAGAUGAGCUCGAUAUCGUGAUUCCGACUAUCAGAAACCUCGAUUUCCUCGAGAUGUGGAGGCCUUUUCUUCAGCCUUACCAUCUGAUCAUCGUCCAGGACGGAGAUCCAUCGAAGAAGAUCCAUGUCCCUGAAGGUUACGACUACGAGCUCUACAACAGGAACGACAUUAACCGAAUCCUCGGACCUAAGGCUUCUUGUAUCUCGUUUAAGGAUUCUGCUUGUCGAUGCUUUGGGUACAUGGUGUCUAAGAAGAAGUAUAUCUUCACCAUUGAUGACGAUUGCUUCGUUGCCAAGGAUCCAUCAGGCAAAGCAGUGAACGCUCUUGAGCAACACAUCAAGAACCUUCUCUGCCCAUCGUCUCCCUUUUUCUUCAACACCUUGUAUGAUCCUUACCGUGAAGGUGCUGAUUUCGUCCGUGGAUACCCUUUCAGUCUCCGUGAAGGUGUUUCCACUGCUGUUUCCCAUGGUCUUUGGCUCAACAUCCCUGACUACGAUGCCCCGACCCAACUCGUGAAGCCUAAGGAGAGGAACACCAGGUAUGUGGAUGCUGUCAUGACCAUCCCAAAGGGAACACUUUUCCCAAUGUGUGGUAUGAACUUGGCUUUUGACCGUGAUUUGAUUGGCCCGGCUAUGUACUUUGGUCUCAUGGGUGAUGGUCAGCCUAUUGGUCGUUACGACGAUAUGUGGGCUGGUUGGUGCAUCAAGGUGAUCUGUGACCACUUGAGCUUGGGAGUGAAGACCGGUUUACCGUAUAUCUACCACAGCAAAGCGAGCAACCCUUUUGUUAACCUGAAGAAGGAAUACAAGGGAAUCUUCUGGCAGGAGGAGAUCAUUCCGUUCUUCCAGAACGCAAAGCUAUCGAAAGAAGCAGUAACUGUUCAGCAAUGCUACAUUGAGCUCUCAAAGAUGGUCAAGGAGAAGUUGAGCUCCUUAGACCCGUACUUUGACAAGCUUGCAGAUGCCAUGGUUACAUGGAUUGAAGCUUGGGAUGAGCUUAACCCACCAGCAGCCAGUGGCAAAGCUUGAGAGCAGUAUGAGCCAAAAAGAAAAAGCCACCAAAGUUUUGGUUAUUUUUAGCUCAAAUUAUCGUUACUUUUAAAUUUCUGAUUUUACGAACCUUUCUUGCUUUUUUUACACAUUUGAGUAGUUUUCAUCAUCAGUACUUUCUCAUUGUCCGGUUAUGGUUUUUGCAUUUGGUUUAAAUAUCACCGGUUUAUUUAUAAACAGUGGUGGAUUAGUAGUACUAUUUUCUGAGUUUUUUUCUUUGUUUCAUUAAUAAAAAGGCCUUUUCAUAGGUGUUUGCAAUUAGUUUUUUUCCCCCAUUAAUCAUCGAUUAUCAUAGGUAUGUUAUGGCUUUAAAUGGUAUAAGGAAAUUGCUUAUAGACCAAAAAAAAGUUGAAUUGCUAUUGAGAGAGCUUUUACAAAAGAAAGAGCAUUGUUCAAUAAGCUUUUCACAUUUGGUCGAUAUUUUGAUCAACCUAUCAUAGGUAUCUCAAUUAAUAAACCGGAAUGUUAAUAUGUUUUGCAAGAUAUCCCUACAAUCAAACCGUGAAGACCCGACCCGGUUGCGCAAGAUCCAUUUUCCUACUUGGUUAAAUGGUCAAGCCCAUUAACCAUACUAUAGGCCUGUUGCCAUUUUCGACCGACCUCUCUAUUUCUACUUACUACUUAAAGAAGCAAGAGGAGACGUAGAGGUUCAUACAGGGUUUAAAAACAAGAGCAAGUCACCAUGAUGAUAGCAAGAAAUCAGUCCAAGAAGUUGAAGACGGAGAACAAUUCACAAACUUUGCAAACUCGAAGGAAGGGAACAAAUAUGUCGUUCCUUUUGACCUAGUGAUCGAGAUUCCGUAGCUAGGUCUGUCCUCUUAUCCAAGGUAUGGGGGAAAAUAGUCCGCAGUAGACUUUUCAUGACAUCUUUCCCGUUUACGUCACUGUCGUCUCAGCCUGAUCGUCUCUUCGUUGUUUUCAUUGAUUUCAUUAAUAUCUUACGUUUUUUGCGGUGAUUCCUCUUUUGUGGAAAAGUAUUAUCACCAUAUAAACCAGUUGGAUUCACUUUAUGUGAUGCUGGCACUAUAUUGUUUAUGCCUCUCAUCUCAAGUUCUCAACUAUUCUUUUUGCGGUUUCCUCAUUUCGUGAUGAGAUUCUUAGACAUUGCAUGUGUAUUGUGCUUUUCUUCUUCUUAUCAAGAACCAACUUUGUUCAAAUUAGAUUCUCAAAGUGGGCUUUCUUUUAGCA